GGGCGUUGCUUUCACCAGCUUAGUUUCGAUGUCAACUUUCAUGUCAUUUGGCAUGUGCUCACAUUUUGGUGAAAGAAAUUUUACAAAAUUCCCAGAUAAAUUCCCCUAGUUUUAACUCUCUGCUGUGGUAAAGACCCAGGAACAAUAAUGUGCUCGAGGACGCGUUGGGGGCGGAUCGACCCCAGUGUGCAGUACAAUCUGGUGCACGGACCGACGAGCAGGGUGACCAAGCUAAACAAGCAAACGCUGCCGCGACGCGUCGAGCAGCAGCUGCUUCUGAUGGCUUCGCCGUCGCCGUUCCUUAACUUCAUGAACAAGUUCCGCCUGGACGAGAUCCUGAUCAACCACCAGUACAAAGGUGUCUACAGCAUGCGCACCGCGGCCACCAUCACAGAGCUGGCCACCUACACGUGGAACGUGAUGUCCGUCUCCGAUCGCCAACCGUACAUCCGGCUGGCCCAAAAGGCGCAGCAGAUUCAGAUGGCGCGGAAGCGGCACUUUCUGGGCACCGGCAGUCGGCUUUCUGGUCAGCCGCUUGCCACGAGCGGUUCCCUAUGUCCCAUUGUCGUUUGAAUCAGUCUUGGGCCCCUGUUUAAUAAUUAUAAA